ACCAAACGAUAAAUUAGUUAAUAUUACUUAUAAUUUUGUGGACGAUAAAUAAAAUAAGAUCCAUGGUUUCUGUGGCUGGUAUGCGAUUAGAUGGCUCAAGCAUCGCCGGCGAAAAAAUUAUUUGUUAACGGCACCGUUCACCCCGCUAAAAUCAACGACAAAGACAAAAUUCCUCUUGAAACUCUCAAACCAAAACAAGAUAAUAUUAGUCUUGUUUCUGUAUCGACUGUUGCCAGCAGCAUCAAAAUUCCGCGUUCACAUUCAUCCACGUCUAAGGAAGUAAAACUUGACGUCAAGGAUUUAAACCAUCUUCAUCCAAAUAUCAACUCAUCCUCUGCACCAUCAGUUGUUGUCAACGACAUAUCCGGAGACGAGAGUGAUUUUUCCGAAUUGCAGUCAAGACGUGGGAGCUCAAAUCAAGUGUCAAACGCUGAAAAAUUAUCCAAAAUAUUCAAUCCAAAAAACACAGCUGCACAGAAGUGGGUGAAAGCCGGGAAACAAGUCAGGCGAGCUGUUGCAGUUACCCAGGCUUUACAACGACCUCAAUCAAGAGAAGAAAAAGUACGGAAGCAACUUUACGGAUCAAAAGCAGUGUUGCCAGUUGUACCAGUUCCUGUUGCUGUCAUUCUACUUAUUUUGAAUAUUCUUAUACCAGGAUUAGGAACAAUAGUGGGUGGAUGUACAUUUUGUUGUUGUGCAACGACUUACGAUAAACCAAACAGAAAAGGGAUUGGGCAGAAAAUUCCAAAGCUUGUCUGCAGAAAUUUACUAGUUGGAUUUGCACAACUCUUCACCGUCAGUUUUUUAUUGAUUGGAUGGGUUUGGAGCAUAUCUUGGGGAAUGACGAUGUUGUAUAUGGCUAUUGAGAGAGAUCGUGAAAAGAAAGAAGGAAGUGACUGGUUUCCUGAUGAAAUUGACUGAAAAUGAUUUCCUUUUUGCAAUGAAAAGCUUAUUUAUGGCGAUGGCGAUUCGGAGCAUGAUGCAAAAGAUCCACGGGGAAGGAAAUUAAAAAUAACCUGCCGGAAUAGGUUUCUCUUAUAAACUUCAUGUCCUGUUGACUGUUCGAUCAAGUCAAAACGAUGUUCUUUGUUUUACGACUGAAAACUAUAAACUCAAACGCAAGAUUACUCGUCACUGCAAAUCAAAUACGAAACCCUUUUUGCAUCGCCCAACCUUGCCAAAACUCUUCAGAAACACCAUGAUACGUGCAAGAAUGCGAAUUAUAAGAGAAAAAUAUAAACAUGAUGUAUGUGACAGCAUUUUGAAAGGUUCUUUUUUUAAUUGCUAUCUUAUGGAAAAGUCAAUUUGCUCAGAAUAUGUUCAAAAUUGGGAAUGAUAUUCAUAGACAGUUAAAUUUAGCGUUUUUAGUUUCCUGGCACCUUCAAGGUAAACAUGUUAGCUAGUUAAUAAAAAGCCGUUGGUUUCUGCCUAGUGUCAAAUAAGGAGAUAACGUGUUUAUUAUAUUAAAUUGGUAUUCGCUAAACUAUUUGACUGCGGUUGUUCUAUCAAUUUAAAAUAUUUACAGAAUUUCUUGAAAUUACGAAAUUAUUUUAUCUAUGAUGGCAAACUUUGGCCGCAAUAUAAACUAAGCUUGUCAAGUACCUAAUACAUUGCUGUCGCUAGCGCUUAUUCUGAAAUGGAUUUCCGAUGGCGGUGGUUGUUGCUUAUUAGCUAUAUUGUUGUACUAUUCAAGAAAUAUGAAAAGUUUUUUUCACUGAACAGUAUACAUAAAUAUAAAAGAUUAGGGGUGAAAUUUGGAGAAUCGCAGUGCUCAUAAGCUGUGACGAUGUUUAAAUCCCCCAGAAUUCAGAGGUCGACAUAAAUAUUCUGUGAAAUGAAUUCACAAACUAUAACGUCACAAUAUAAAUCAACAAAGUUAUAUUUUUUAUAGUCAAGUUCCUUUAUAAGAUCGCCUUUUUGACGAUCCUUGAAUGUAAUUAAACGAAUAAAUUUUGUUAUAUUUGGACAUCCCACUGCUCAACGGAAGCUUUUAUUUUAAAGAGCCAUCUUAUUCUAAGACUUAUUUAUCACAAUUCAAUCAUUGCUAUUUUGCUACUUUUGUAUUUAAAAUUUAAAAUCUUUCCACAAAAUGUUAAACAUAAUAAAAACCUAUUAGUGACUUUCAUUUCACCACUUUCAUCAUUUCUGGUCAAACAUAAAGUGUUGGACAAUAUGCUUUACUAUUACACAAAUAGUUUCAGGGCCUAGGUCUUAACAUUUCAAUGUUGGCUAGUGUCGUGAAACUUGAAAAACGGAAACUCCCGUAGUAUGUGCACCAUGUUAGGGUUAGGCCCUAAUUUGAUUUCGAUUUUCCGUAUUUUAGUUUUAUAACAAGUUCGGCGACUGUCUGUAUUAGCCAAGUGAAUAUACCGCCUUUCCAUAGAUUUCAGUCCCUUUACACAACUCGGUGUAAAGUAGGCGAACAAAAUUAGUUACCUCCAUAUUGGUACACACCAUUUUGAAGCGCCGAAAAAUGUUGCAAAAUGCUCAAGCGUAGUUUCUUAUUUGGUGUAAUUAUGUAUUGCAUUUUCCUUGAUAGUAUUUAGAUGUUUCUACUGUCUUGAAUAUUCUGAAUUUAUGCGUAUAUCAGUGGUAUUUGAUUCGACUCCCUUGUUCAAAUAUAACGAGGAUGAAGUCAUUAAACAUUUUUCUGUAAUACCACAGCUAGAUUCCCUCCAAUGGUGAAUUCUUUUUAUACAAGUCAAAUGAUACAUUAUCUCAAGUAUACGCUAUGUAGUCUGUAGUGUAAGUUUCUAUACAAUCCAUAUAAGAGUCAUACUGGAAUACUACAGUUUAGUUUGAACCUUAUUAAAAUUCCCAACCAGUUUUUACCAAAUAUGCACUUAUGAACUUUUAAUCUACGGUCCUCAUAUGUUUUUAAUAAAUAUUGAACUCGUAUUUGUAAUAUUUUGCUUGGGAAUGCGCCGUUUGUUUGCCUUUUC